GAGGCAGCGCUGCCCUCUGCACGCCGCUCCUGCCAGCGUACAACCAGGCGGAUGUACCGAUGGCUCGUACUGUAUUUCUGGUGACUUUCACGUGAUGUUAUUGUGUGUUGCGGGCUGUCUGCCAACCUCUCGCCUUCCACCCGGCCGUGUGCAUGAGCGGACUGGCUGGAGGUAGAUGUGUGACAGCAGCAGAUCCAUGCGCGCCGGUUUGGUGCAGGCGGCGAAGGCGCUCUGAAAACCUCCAUCUCUGCCCGAGAGAGUCGACUGGAGCUGUCUGGCUGGUGCCGCUGCACUACUAUGACUCUGAGCUCAUGAAGAUUUUGUAAAGGAAAAAAGAAAAUCCAUUCCCGUUAAAGCCCACUUGUUUUCUCAAUGGCUUCCCGCAGCCAAGGCUUCUUCCACCAUCAUCAUCACCACCAUCACCACCACCAUCGCAACUCCAUGGUGCCUGCGACGGUACCGAGGCUGCUGCCCGAAAAUGGCAGCCUGCUGGGAGGCAUCGCACAAAUCACCCCCAACCUCUUCCUCAGCAGAGGAAACGUGGCUUCCAACCGCAGCCUGCUGCUAUCUAAAGGCAUCACCUGUGUGGUCAACGCCACCAUUGAGCUCCCCAACUUUAACUGGCCUCACAUGGAGUAUGUAAAGGUCCCACUGGCGGAUAUGCCCCACUCCCCCAUCUCCUUGUACUUCGACAGCGUGGCCGAUAAGAUCCACAGUGUGGGACGUAAGCGAGGGGCAGUGUUGGUGCACUGUGCAGCGGGAGUGAGCCGCUCCGCUUCUCUGUGUCUGGCGUAUCUCAUGAAGUACCACCGUGUGUCUCUGGCCGAGGCCCAUGCCUGGGUCAAAGCCCGCCGCCCCGUCAUUAGGCCCAAUGGUGGCUUCUGGCGCCAGCUAAUCGAGUACGAGAGGAAGCUGUUCGGCAGAAACUCUGUUAAGAUGGUGCAGACGCCCUACGGGGUCAUACCUGAUGUUUAUGAGAGGGACCGCAGGAGCCUCGCUCCAUACUGGGGCCUGUGAGAGAGGCGGUGCCGACUGUUCAGUGGGGGAUCGAGGAGGAAAGUGAAGCCCUUUUGCCCUUCUGGACUGGAGGUUCCUACCUGCUCUGGACAGAGGAAGAGAAAAUGCACAAGUGUGCGUGUGUGUGAAGCUUAAUUAAUGAGUGAUGGUGCUUUUGGACAGAGGGAGUUCAAUCAAACACUGGCCGUUGAUGGUGCUGCUGUUGAUCCAACCAGUUUUCUCCAGUUAAGUCUUUAAGUGGGAGAAAGGGGACUUAAAGCCCAGAAUCAUUCGGACCAGAGGAUUGGAUGGGACCACAAUGAUGUCAGACACCAAAACAAGAUAAAACUUUGAGUUGAAGUCAGUGCCGUCCUUCUCCGGGUCUGUCUUUCCAGCUCCAGAGGAUGAUAGAGGUGUUCAAACUCUGACAGUGAUGUGACUGAAGUUCUUUUCCUGACGUGGUGUCAUGUGGUGGUAUUGUGCCAGUUUUGCAGUAAUCCUUAGUGUGAAGGGCAGCAGCAUGCUCUUAAUUUAUGGUAGCAUUAAAGAUAAGUGUACAGAAAAAAAUAUAGGCAAAUUAUUCUAUUGGAAUGUAAUGAUAGUGAGGAAAAAAAAAAGCUUAUGGUGCACUUUAACUGAAUGAGAAUCAAAGAUGUUAUAUCAACCUUUUUAAGGUGAAAUUUGAAAAGAUGUAAGCUAGGAGUCGAGGUUUAGGGAAAGCUCCUGUGUAACACAGGGUUGACUGUUCCAUCCUGUGACCACACUAUGUUAUUGUAGUGCUAUUUGAUGCUAUAUUAAAGAAAAUAUCUGCUGCCUCAAUAGAAGUGGUAGCUCUGUGAA